UUCUUUUUGUGAAGGCACCACGUUUUCCCUCCUCCUUAACUGCUUCUCGCCUUCCCUUCUUCUACUUGUCCCUUUCGUUCACUCUCUCAUCCUUCCUCUCCAUUACGCAGUGGUUGCACGCAGGCAAACUCCCACUCCCGGCAGCCCUCACCGGAAGGGAGUGCCGAGUUCGUCACCCCGUGUCUGACCCACCCGUGGGGAAGGCAGGAGCAGGAGAAAGAUUGUUUCGGCGAUGGAUGUGGAGAGUGGUGUGCCAGUGCAGCCCAGGAGGAGGAGCUCAUGGGGACUUCAGAAAGCAACGCUCUUGCUGGCAUAUCAGAGCUUCGGAGUUGUGUAUGGUGAUCUCUGCAUUUCACCUGUCUAUGUGUACAAGAACACCUUUUCUGGGAAGCUGCGUCUGCAUGAGGAGGACGAGGAGAUCCUUGGGGUGCUGUCUCUGGUCUUAUGGAGCCUUACUCUCAUACCCCUCCUGAAGUACAUCAUGCUUGUUCUUGGAGCAGAUGACAAUGGAGAAGGUGGGACAUUUGCAUUGUACUCGUUAAUGUGUAGGCGCUCCAGGAUGGGGCUCCUGAACAACAUCCAUGCCGAUCAUGGCUCUCUACCAGCAUACAACCAGGAGGAACUUCGAGAGGAGCCGAAGAGUAGUUUGGCCAUAAAAGGUUACUUCGAGAAGCAUUACUCGCUUCGUGUUGUGCUGCUGCUGUUUGUUCUGAUGGGUACUAGUAUGGUUAUUGGGGAUGGCGUCUUCACCCCAACAAUGUCAGUGCUAUCAGCAGUUUCUGGCCUCAGAAUUAAGUUUCCGGAACUACAUGAAAAUUACACAGUGCUUAUUGCCUGCGUCGUUUUAGUUGGCCUUUUCGCAUUGCAACACUACGGAACACACCGUGUUGGGUUCCUAUUUGCUCCAAUUUUGCUUGCCUGGCUCUGUUGCAUUGGCGGCAUUGGCAUUUACAACAUUUUCAAGUGGAACCUUAGUGUCGUCCGUGCUCUCUCCCCGUACUACAUAUACAACUUCUUCAGGAAGACCGGCAAGGAUGGCUGGAGCUCACUUGGAGGGAUUGUUCUUUGUAUUACAGGUGCUGAAGCAAUGUUUGCUGAUCUUGGGCAUUUCUCAAAGCUUUCACUAAGGCUUGGAUUCACAAUAGUUGUGUAUCCUUGCUUAGUCCUGGCUUACAUGGGUGAGGCUGCUUAUCUAUCAAAACAUAGGGAGGACCUUCAAAGCAGCUUUUACAAAGCUCUCCCAGAUAGUGUGUUUUGGCCGGUUUUGAUCAUUGCAACACUAGCCACAGUUGUUGGGAGCCAAGCGAUCAUCUCGGCUGCGUUUUCCAUCAUAAGCCAGUGCAGGGCUUUGGGGUGCUUCCCGCGGAUAAAGGUUGUGCACACGUCAAGCCAUGUCCACGGCCAGAUCUACAUACCGGAGGUGAACUGGGUUCUCAUGCUUUUGUGCCUGGCUGUCACAGCCGGGUUCCGCGACACCGAAAUGAUCGGAAACGCCUAUGGCCUUGCUGUGAUCUUGGUGAUGUUUGCAACCACAUGCCUGAUGUUCCUCGUCAUCACCACCGUGUGGAAUAGGAAUGUUCUAUGGGCAGUGCUCUUCACCUUUGGCUUCGGAUCCAUCGAGCUCAUGUACCUGUCGGCGUGCCUCGCCAAGGUCCCCCAUGGCGGCUGGCUGCCUCUUCUGCUCUCGCUGGUCACCCUGCUGGCAAUGUCGGCGUGGCACUACGGCACGAAGAAGAAGGAGGAAUUCGAGCUGCAGAACAAGGUCUGCCUCGACCGGUUCCUCAGCUUGAGCUCCGGCAUUGGCCUCGUGCGCGUCCCCGGCGUGGGCUUCGUCUACUCCAGCGCGGUCAACGGUGUGCCGCCGAUGUUCGCCCACUUCGUCACCAACUUCCCGGCAUUCCACCGGGUUCUCAUCUUCGUGUCGCUCCAGACGCUAACGGUGCCCAAGGUCUCACCGAACGAGCGCUUCCUGGUCGGGCGGGUCGGCCCGCCGGCGAACCGGCUGUUCCGCUGCGUCGUGCGGUACGGCUACAAGGAAGGGAGAUGGGACCACUUCAACUUCGAGAACGAGCUGCUGAUGAAAGUCGUCGAGUUCCUUCAGCUGCAGGAGGACGCCGCCGAGCUGGAUGACUCCGGCGAGCUGUCCGUCAUCCCCGCGGCGCCGCACAGCCAGCUGCUGGUCGACGUGGACGCCGCUCCGAUGGCGUCGUACAGCAGCUCGUCCGGCGAGAUCGACGCCGGCGUCGUCGCCAGGAGGGUCCGCUUCGAGGAGCCGUGCACCGGCGAGGAGACGAAAAGCAGCGAAGUCAAAACGCUGCUGGAGGAGCGGGAGUCCGGCGUGUCGUACAUGAUCGGCCACACCUGCGUGCAAGCCCACGAGUCGUCGUCGGCAGUGAAGAAGUUCGCCGUAAACGUCGUCUACGGCUUCCUCCGGCGCAACUCGCGGAGGCCCGCGGUCGAGCUCGGCAUCCCGCACACCUCCCUCGUCGAGGUGGGCAUGACGUACAGGGUGUGACUGGCACCUUGCCGACGAGCGUGUAUGGAAGAACAACCGAAUCGCCGGGCACCUGGUAGUAUCGUAGUAGAG